AUGGUGCAAGGAAAAACGAAAGGCUUGACUGCAAAAGCUGCAAACUCGAGACAGGCUGCAAAAGCGGCUGCCAAUACGAAGAAGGGGAAACGUUCUAUCGCUCCCAAAAAACCAUUGUUGGUGAAGCAAGCGGCGAUGCAUAAGGAGCUAACGGCAAAAAUCAACAAAUCAAUUGAGCAACAGAUGGUGUCGGCUGCUUCUUCUGGCCCACUGACUAUCAUGAAAAACACUGCUCCCCAAACUAGUUCUGGUUCUUCAAAGACGAAAAGUAAGACCGGUAAAUGA